AUGCCUCAACAUAGUCAAACUAGUUUUGAAGAAAGAGGGAAGAGACCAGUUGAACAUGAGGACACCAAUAGAGGACAAACAAGAGCUUUUAAAAGGUCAAGAAUAGUAGGUGUUGGCAUAUACCAAGCUGAAGAUGGAUUUAGAACUAUCAAUCAACCUGGAUUGCCAAGUAGAAGAGCCAUUAAUACUGGUACAAGAGUGACAAAAAGGGGUGAUGUUGUUACUGGUGAUAUUGGCUACACACCAGUUUGUGGAUUCAAAUGGAAGGGGAAGACAACUAUUACCAGUACCAACCUAGAAAGAAUGAGGGUUGAAAAGGUUAUCAAAACUAGGUCUGCAGCUACUGCUACUACUAAUAGCCAGAGCAAACAAGUUCAAGUAGGAUGA